AUGACUUCUACCGAUUCCUACUUGGCCAUCCCGGGCUCGGUGGCGUUCUCUCGUUCGCGAGGACAUGCCAUUGCUGCCAGCUUGGGAGUCAAGGAUGUCCGGGCUCAAUUCAUUCACUACGUUCACCUUUCUCAGCCUCUGGAUGAGCCCCAGCGUGUCGUGCUGGAGCAACUGCUGCGAUACGGCGACAUCACCGACGUUCCCCCCACCUUCACCUCCGACGACGGCCAAUUCGAUACCUUCUACGUCUUCCCUCGCACCGGAACUAUCUCGCCAUGGAGCUCCCAGGCCACCGGUAUCUCGCACGUCUGCGGCCUCCGCCAGUUCGUGAAGCGUAUUGAGCGCGGUAUGAAGGUCUCAUGCCUUCGCAACGAUACCGAGGACUACAAGACUGGAUAUUUGGACACGCUGCACGAUCGCAUGACGCAGAUCAUUAGCAAGGAUGAGCCCGAGCUGAGCCAGAUGUUCUCUGAGCACGCUCCUCAGCCCCUCAAGACCAUUUCGCUCCAGGGUGGGAGCAAGUCUCCCAAGGAGGUUCUCCAGGAGGCCAACAAGGAAUUGGGUCUCGCUCUGGAUGAAUCGGAGAUCGAUUAUCUUGCCGAGGCCUAUGGUCCGAACGGCACAAUUGCUCGCGAUCCGACCGACGUCGAGCUUUUCAUGUUCGCCCAGGUGAACUCGGAGCACUGUCGCCACAAGCAGUUCAACGCCUCGUGGGUCAUCGAUGGCAAGCCCAUGCCCAACAGCCUGUUCGCUAUGAUUCGUAACACUCACAAGAAGAACCCGGAAUACACUGUCAGUGCCUACAGUGAUAACGCUGCUGUGCUCGAGGGUUCCGAGGCCGCCUUUUGGGCCCCUGACACCACCACCGGAGAAUGGUCGCAUACAAAGGAACUCGUUCACUUUUUGGCCAAGGUCGAAACUCACAACCACCCUACUGCGGUCUCUCCCUAUCCGGGAGCCGCCACCGGAUCUGGUGGUGAGAUCCGUGAUGAGGGCGCCGUCGGUCGUGGCUCUCGCCCCAAGGCUGGUUUGGCUGGAUACUGUGUGUCCGACCUUUUGAUUCCCGGGCUCCGUCAGCCCUGGGAGCUUGAUGUAGGCAGACCCAACCACAUCGCCAGCAGUCUGGAUAUCAUGCUGGAGGCCCCUAUCGGCAGUGCUGCGUUCAACAACGAGUUCGGUCGUCCCUGCACAGCUGGUUACUUCCGUACCCUCCUGACCGAGAUUGACAUCGGUAACGGUCAGAAGGAGCUGCGAGGCUACCACAAGCCUAUCAUGAUUGCUGGCGGCGUCGGUACCGUCCGUCCCCAGCACGCUCUGAAGAACCCUGACGUUGUUAAGCCUGGUUCCUACCUUGUUGUUCUCGGUGGCCCUGCCAUGCUUAUCGGUCUUGGAGGUGGUGCUGCUUCUAGUAUCGCAUCGGGUGAAGGAUCUGCGGAUCUCGACUUCGCUAGUGUCCAGAGAGGCAACGCCGAAGUUCAGCGCAGAGCCCAGGAGGUCAUCAAUGCUUGUGUCUCCAUGGGCGACAACAAUCCCAUCAAGUUCAUCCACGACGUUGGUGCUGGUGGUCUGUCCAACGCUCUUCCCGAGCUGAUUCACGACUCGGGUCUGGGCGCUAAAUUCGAGCUGCGCGAGAUUGACAGCGCCGAUCGAAGCAUGAGCCCCAUGCAGAUCUGGUGCUGUGAAGCGCAGGAGCGGUAUGUCCUUGCCGUUGGUGAGGACGGUAUGAACAAAUUCACAGCCAUUGCUCAGCGUGAGCGCUGCGGUUUCUCAGUUGUUGGCCGCGGAGGUGGCACUUCCGAGGAGGAGAAGCGUCUUAUCCUGCUCGACCGAGAGUCCAAGGAGUACCCGGCCCCCAUUGAUCUGCCUCUGUCUGUGCUGUUUGGCAAGACGCCGCGCAUGACCCGGACCGUGGACUCGCGCAAGUUGACUCUGCCUGCCGUGGACUCUAGCCUCGCCAGGUACCUUCCGUCGCUUACUUCAAAGGUGGAGCUUGUUAGCGAGGCCGUCAACCGUGUCUUGUCUCUGCCUGCGGUCGGCUCCAAGUCUUUCCUGAUCACAAUUGGUGAUCGUACUGUCGGUGGUCUCACUGCUCGUGAUCAGAUGGUUGGCAAGUGGCAGACCCCCGUUGCCGAUGUUUCCGUUACUGCCACGUCGCUGCUCCAAGGCGUAAAGACCGGUGAGGCUAUGGCGAUGGGUGAGAAGCCUACCCUGGCCCUGAUCUCCGCCGGUGCCUCUGCCCGUAUGGCCGUCGCUGAGUCUCUGAUGAACAUUGCUGCUUCUGACUUAGUGGACCGCCUCAGCCGCGUGAAACUGUCUGCUAACUGGAUGUCGGCUGGCAGCCACCCUGGUGAGGGUGCUGCUAUCUACGAGGCUGUUGAGGCCAUUGGUCUCGACCUGUGCCCCAAGCUUGGUAUCAGCAUUCCGGUCGGAAAGGACUCCAUGUCCAUGAAGAUGAAGUGGAAGGACGAGGCUUCGAAUGAGGCUAAGGAGGUUACUGCGCCCAUGUCGCUUGUCGUCUCCGCCUUCGCCCCGGUCAGUGACUUCCGCAAGACCUGGACUCCCGCUCUCCGUAACCUCGAGGAUGUUGGAGAGACUGUCCUCAUGUUUGUCGAUCUUUCGUUCGGCCGCAAGUCCCUUGGUGGAUCUGCCCUCGCUCAGGUCUUUAACGAGGUUGGCGCUGAGUGCCCUGAUAUCCACGACAUUGACCUCUUCCGCGACUUCUUUGACGCCACCCAACAGCUGCAGGAAUCUGGCAUCGUUCUGGCCUACCACGACCGCUCCGACGGUGGUCUGCUGACCACUCUUGCUGAGAUGAUGUUUGCCGGUCGCUGCGGUGUGGAGAUCAUGCUCGACAAUAUCUGCUCUUCCUUCCACACCCAGGAUGUCAUUGAGUCUCUCUUCAAUGAGGAGCUGGGUGCUGUCUUCCAGGUCCGUAAGGAGGACGAGAUUCACUUCCGCUCCUGCUUCGCCACCUGCGGGCCUCCCCCUGGCCUGAUCCACAAAAUUGGCCGUGUCUCCGAGAAGUCCAAGCAGAACCUCACCAUCUACCACAAGGCCUCCCUGGUGUACCGCAACACCCGAUCCAACCUCCAGCAGACUUGGUCCAAGACCUCCUACCACAUACAGAAGCUCCGUGACAACGCUGAGUGCGCGGAGCAGGAGUUUGCCAACCUUCUCGACAACGCCAACCCUGGUCUGUCGUGGAACCCUACCUUCGAACCCAAGGACCGUGGCCUGCCCUUCCUGGCCAGCCUUUCCCAGUACUCUCCCUUCGCGAACAAGCCCCGUGUCGCCAUUCUGCGUGAGCAAGGUGUCAACAGUCAAGCCGAGAUGGCCUUUGCCUUUAACACCGCCGGCUUCUCCGCCGUCGAUGUCCACAUGACCGACAUCAUCUCGGGCCGUGUCUCCCUGGCCAGCUUUGCCGGUCUGGCCGCCUGCGGUGGUUUCUCCUACGGUGACGUUUUGGGUGCCGGCCAAGGCUGGGCCAAGUCUGUUCUGCUGCACGAAAACACCCGCAAGGAGUUCCAGAGCUUCUUCGAGCGCCCCGACACCUUCGCUCUGGGUGUCUGCAACGGUUGUCAGUUCUUGUCUCGUGUCAAGGAGCUGAUCCCCGGCGCCCGCAGCUGGCCCAGCUUCGAGCGCAACACCAGCGAGCAGUACGAAGGCCGUGUGGCCAUGGUCCGCAUUUCUGACCCCGACCCUUCGCGUCCCAGCGUCUUCUUCCACGGCAUGGACGGCUCUUCGUUCCCCAUUGCCGUUGCCCACGGUGAGGGCCGUGCCUCCUUCGCCGGCAACCCGUCCAUGACUGCCAAUGACUUCGUUCGCGAGGGUCUUGCCCCCGUCCGCUACGUCGAUAACGCCACCCUCAAGCCGACCAUGACCUACCCCUUCAACCCCAACGGCAGUCCUGAGGGUAUCGCUGGUGUGCGCAGCCCCGACGGCCGUGUCCUGGCUAUCAUGCCUCACCCCGAGCGUACCAUCAUGAACGGCAUUGCCAGCUACCUGCCACCCAACGCCGAGGAAUGGGGCGACAUUGGUCCCUGGGGCCGGAUCUUCUUCAGCGCCAGACGCUGGGUCGGUUAG